AUGAAAAUCUAUAUUUUGGCACAAGGAGAAGGAGUUUGGGAAUUCGUUGAGAAAGAAUGGAAGAAUCCAGUUGAUGAUAAAGGUAAUCAAAAACCUAAAGCAGAAUGGAAUGAAGAAGAGCGAAGAGAAUAUAAUUACAAUUCAAAAGCAAUGAAUGCCAUCUAUGGAGCGGUAAGUGAAGAUACUUUCAAACUAAUCGCUACCACUGGCAUAGCUAAAAUUGCAUGCGAUAUACUAUGUGAUCAUCACGAAGGAAAUACUUCUGUUAAGCAUUCCAAGCUGCAAAUGAUACAAACACAGUUUGAGAAUUUAAAAAUGGAAGAAGAUGAGGAUAUCUCACAGUUUAGUGCAAGAGUUUUAGGGAUUGCUGGAGAUGCGUUUAACCUAGGCGAACCUAUUCCUGAACCUAGGCUCGUCAAAAAGGUCCUACGUUCCCUACCUGAGAGAUUUAUGAUAAAGGUUACAGCCAUCCAAGAAAACAAAGAUCUAAACACCUACAAACUCAGGAAAAAUAAUGACAAAGGAAUUGCGCUCCAAUCAAAGCAGAAAGAGAGUCCAGAAAUUGAUACUGAAACCAUGGAACAAUCAAUUGCUCUCCUAACAAUGAAUUUCAACAGAGUUCUCAAAAAAUUCAACAAAUUUAGAAGCAAAAGUGCUUCAAUCAAUCAAGGGAACUUCCCAACUGGACAAAAUCAAUCUAUUUCAAAAGGAAGGGAGAGUCUAAAACCUGAAGGAAUUCAGUGCUACGAGUGCAAAGGGUUUGGACACAUCCAGUCAGAAUGUCCAACAUACUUUAAAAGGAAGAACAAAACAUAUGUGGCAACACUAAGCGAUGACUCAGAUAGUGAAGAAGACACCAACACUAAUUUCGUAGCAUUCACCGCAAAUCAUGAGAAUGACAACGGAAACGAAAAUGAUAUGCAAGAACUGCUAGAGUCAUAUACCCAAUUGCAUGCUAAAUGGGAACAAAUCAUCAAUGUGAAUCUAGAGCUCAUGCAAGAAAAUCAGUUUCUAAAAGAGAGGCCAAACUGUUACAAGAAAUCAAGGCACUAG